GCAGACAUAUACAUUUAGAAAAAAACGACGUAUAGAAAAUUCGUAGGCUACUCAGUCAUGCGGGCAGAUAUGUCGACACGACCAUCGAAAAAAAACAACGUCACAUCGGGUUGAACUAGACGCGCAUUAUAUAAUCUUCAUAAACCUGCCUCGUUGCAUCCGUUUUUUUAAAAUCAACCAAUGGCCUCUUCUGGAUAACUAUGCAUAUGAAUAUAAAUGCAAAUAUCUGGUAGCGCACUGCUUGAACCGAAAUUUCUGUGUUUAUUUGUGCUGUUGUUAUUUUUUGCCUAAGCCAUCCAUGUUUCAUCUGAUGGUUCCGAAAAGGCGCAGAAUUUAAGAGCGUUACAUUAUUUUAUUUGUGUAUGGGGUUUAUCCCUCUGUUUUUUGGAGAGGAACAUUUUGUAACGUCGCAAUGAACUGCACCAUGGAUUUCAAUCUGAUUUCUUAGGGUAUAGUGCCGGUUUAAUCGGUGGAAAGAUGGAAACGCUGUUCAUGUAAACAAGAGCCGACAAUCCUCUCAGAUCCGCCCCAUUUAUUUAUUAUAUCUUUCAGUAUUUCUUGACACAUCUGGAAAAGUGUUUUUUUCUACCGUUCUUCCACGAAGACAGCAAUGUCAUCAUCAACAUCCCGGCGUGGUUUUGUUGUUGUCUGAUUUUACUACUGGAAAUCGGCACUUACCCCUGCACCAAGCCAUACCCCAGUAUUUCUAUAAGGUGAUUCAAGCUUGGUCUGCAGUGACAUCCAUCCCCUUCACCCUAUUGGUCUUCUAUACCAUGAGCUCUGGCUCUGCCCAGGAUGUGGCGGUGGAGCAUUUCUUGCGUGACAUAGAGAGGAGGGGCAAGCGGCUACAUUGCGCUGUGAUUGGCUGCGAGGAGGAGCAGUGUCCCCGCGGCGACAUGAACCUGCUGUAUCGUAAGAGCCGACUGGACUGGAGGCACAAGGACCAGGAGGGCAAUAAGAAGAGCUCCAGCCAGAAGGACCCCUCCUCAGCCACGGUGGGCAAGGUCCGUGACCUGGCGUCCUUCCGACGCCACUUCCGCAUGGGCUUCAUGACCAUGCCUGCCUCCCAGGAUCUGUCCCCUCACUCCUGUGCCUCUGCUAUGGCCCCCCGCUCCCAGUCCUGCCACGCCGUGGGCGCUAGAGACACAGGUCUGGAGAACGGGGAGGAUUACUCUGACACCCAGUCACAGCACGGCGGCCGCUGCCCCCCUACCAAACCCAAACGACACCCCAGCACCCGCCUCAGCUCCUCCUCCUCAGACCCCAGAGCACCUCACGCCCUCCCGGACACCCCUCCGCCGCCCCUGCCCAAUCACUCGCAGGCCAAACACUCAGAGAAGAAGAAUGCAAUGAAGAAGUCGGACUCAGGGGACAUGUCCAAGAAGGUGCCGCCUCUGAAGCCCAAACGAAGUCCCAGCACUCAGCUAUCGUUUGACCCCCCACCACCCCGCGUGCCCCCUCCUGCCACGCCUCUGCCCUUCCAGGGGGGUGAGGGUCAGCCCCAGGGGGAGGAGGGGGACGAUGAGCCUGUCUACAUAGAGAUGGUGGGACAGGUGUUCACCAGGGAGAGCCAGACUGCCACCCCUCAUCCUGUCACUCCUGUCGCCACCACGCCUGACUCAGACUCAGACCAGAGCGAGGCCAUCUAUGAGGAGAUGAAGUACCCGCUGCCAGAGGACAGAGAGGGACACAAACGCCUCCCUCUCAAACACGAGAGACUCAAAUCCUCCAAACACCACCACUCCUCCUCUGGCAUCUCUGCCCCUCUACCUCGCCCCUCCUCCUCCUCCCCCUCCUGUUCCAAACCUAAAGCCACAGUGUCCAUCUCCCACUCCUCGCCCCUCCCCUCCUCCACCUCCUCUACCCCUGUUCCCCAGCCACUCUCCUCCAGCCCACAACCCCCACGAGCCCCUACCCCCUAUCUCCUCCAGGGGAACAAAUCAGAGACAGAGUCCAACAGUAAGAUCCCGGCCCCCUUCCCCAACCUGCUGCAGCACCGGCCUCCGCUGCUCGCCUUCCCCCAGCCAGCUGCUGCCUCUAGCGGGGUUGGGGUCCAACACAAAGCUGCUGCUGCCAAACUGGGAACCAUCAGCAUCCAGACCUCCUCCAGUAUGACAACUCCAUCCAGCACCUCCUCCGCCACUACCACCCCCUCCUCCAACCUCCCCAUGCCCCUGUCAGGCUGUAAGGAGUCUAAGGAGAGAGACAAGCAGAGCAGAGACAGAGACAGAGACAGAGACAGAGACAGAGACAGAGACAGAGACAGAGACAGACCAGCUUGACCCUGCACCGGGGCUAAGGGCCAGGAGCCACUCCACACCACUGCCCCCUUCCUCCAAGUCCACCUCCCCCUACUCCCACCAGCACCACCACCCCCACCACCGCCCCUCACACUACCACCACUACCGCAAGCCAGAUAGAGGAGACUCGCCCAACCCCAACACCAACAACAAGAAUGGCUCAGAAACCUCCUCCAAGUCCACUGCCCAGACCCAGACCCAGGGCUCUGGCAAGGAGGGCAAGUCUGUGAGCUUCUGCUUGAAGUCAGACAAAGGAGACAGGGAAAGGGACAGAGAGAGGGACAGGGACAGAGAGAGGGAAAGAGAUGGUCACAGGGACA